AUGCUGACAGCCUCCUAUGAAGAAAGCCCCCAAGACACUCCUGGCCGUGCUGUUGUGCAUGCCAGCGGCUGCAGCUCGGAACUCGGGCUGAGGGAGCUGGCUGCAAAUAGCCUCAAAAUUGCUGACCACAAAACACCCACCGAGCCCAGCGCCUGCCUGAGACGCCUUCCACACUUGCUCCUCUUUGGUCCGCAUCCAGAACAUGAGACCAUCAGUGAGGGGGCACUUGUGGUCACAGGAUCACGAUCCUGGGAACAGGACACUGUUCCCGCCUCCCUGGUGCUGGCGUCUGAGCUGGACCAGGGCACUGGCACCUCAACCCUCCUGCUUAUGCAGCCAGGCUCCAACCAGGCUGCUCCACCCAAACCAGAGGAGGGACGAGAGGUGCUGUCCCUGACAGGAAGUGCUGUAACAGUCAAACACAAGCGGAGCACGCAGACACCUGCAUGGGGGACUGCCCUGCUGGCUGCUGGGGGCCUGCUGGGGGGCUCCCUUGCCCUGGUGUCUCAUGCAGAGGAAGGACGUGGCGUGUGUGGAGAACCAGCCUGGCGGUGGUGCGUAGUGACUGCCCAGCCAGUGGAAGCUGCUGCUCUUGCCUCUUCGGACCGUCCCUCCCCUGUCCAGGACGUCACCUCAUCGAAACACUGCAGGUUGAGCCCAUCCUGCAGUGACCUCUGUCAUGAGUCCAGCCGGCUCGAGCCGGGCGAGGAGCAGCAGUACCUGGACAUGCUGAAGCAGCUGUCCAGGAGCAUCAGUCCCCCGCACCGCGUGGUCAACAAGAUCGACAAGAACGAAGGUCCCCUGAAGACCUUGCCAAAGUGUGACGUCACCCUGGAGAAACUCAAGAAUGACAUGGCAGUGCAACCCACUGCCCCGGUGCCGCUGACCAAACAGCAGCACCUGUGCCAGCAGCUCCUGGAUGCCAUCCUGGCCAACAUCCGCUCACCUGUCUUCAGCCAUUCCCUCGCAUUUGCUUCAGCCAUGACUGUCAUCCACGGCCCACUCAUCACGUCCCCGGUGGUAUGCACCCAGAAGCAUAGGCUUGAGGGCGACCAGCGGCAGAGCACCCCCAGCAUGCUGCAAGGCGAGGUGGCCAGGCUGGACCCCAAGUGCAUGAUAAACCUGGACCCUUCUCACUGCAGCUACAAUGGCACCGUCCACUCGAUCUGCAAGUUGGACGACAAGGACCUCCCAAGUGUGCCACCCGUGCCCACCGACUGCCGUGCCCAGAGUCCGCGAUGGAUGGACCGACAGUGGCUGUACAGCACCAAGCCCUUCCUCAGGUCGGUGCACCACUGCGUGACCUCUAGGCUGCCACAGCUCCCGGACAAGCACUCGGUUACCACCUUGCUCAACACCUGUGCCCGGAGCAUCCACCAGGCCUGCCUCCCGGCUGCCUAG